ACAGAGAGGAGAACUGCGCGGGGGACGCGAUCAGCACAUUCAACAUAAUGACAACUAAAAUAACCACAGCUAGUCACAUAAUCAUAUUUAUAUAUAUAUAAAAACUCCUACGCUCACAUGCAGCAUAGAGCUAAGCCACACACGCAUAAAGUGUACAGUUUGAGAGUUGCUGUAUUAUUAUUGUUUGGAGAAAAUGCUGAUGGGAAUGUGUGAGGAGGUGUUUCUCCUCAGUGGCGGUAAGUGUGUAUGUAACAGGACUCAUGUUUACAGUAGUAGAGGGAUAUUUAACUAAAUAAACGAGUUAUAAAUGAAUCUGCCAAACGAUAACAAUGUUUUAAUUGAAAUGUGUGUCUGUUUGUGUUAAACGUUAUGUUUAGCUGUUUAAAACUGUAGCUAGGCUAAUGGUAGAGCUGCUGUUAUUGGUGGCUGCUGGUGUGAAAUGUCACAGAGUAACUCAGAAAGUGAUAUCUGGGAAUAUAAACCUCUUAAAAAGACCAAAAGACAAAAUAAUAAGUCACAAAAAUGCAGCGAGUCCGCAGCAAAGAGACAGAGGGUGAACAAGCAAGGGAAGGCAAAGAAACAGACAGAAGAUCAAAAUGCCAAAAACAAGGGCUGUAAUGGAUCUUCCACCAGGAAUCACCUGCCCGAGGAAUCUGUACAGAACACCAGUAUAAACGGAUCACUGACCACAGACCCUGAAACACAGGCUGCUGCUUCUCCUGAGGGUGAUACAGAAAGCCAGGGGUACUGUCCAAUCUGUCAAAUGCCUUUUUCUAUCUUGGUGGUCCAGUCUGAACGGUGGCAUGUUGCUGAGUGCUUGGAUACCCCUGGAGAAACUAGUAAAGAAUGCCCAUUUGGUCUUCAGUGCUCUUCGUCCAUUCCAAAUCAUUACAAGAGAUACUGCCACUCUCUUUUAGCUCAUAGUCGAGCAAUAAACAGCCCAGACUCAAGACUAGCCCCCUCAGACCAAUCACAUCUGGAGCAGACAUUGUAUGUCAGUGAUGCCAUCAUCUCUAGAAAAGAGAGCUCGGUGGACAGUGCGGUGAAUCUCUCUUCAGUGUCCAGCCAGAGUGCCUCUCCUAGUCAUGGAUCCAAGCAAUCUUGUACACCUGUUGGUCAACCCAAUGCGUUAAUGCGGCUAAGGUCCCCAGACCCUGAGGAUAUUAAAAAAAAGAAAGGUUGGUCCCCCUCUGCCAAAGUAUCAAGAUCCCAGUGUUCAUCUCAGGAACCUAAAAUUAGGAGUUCCACUCCUGUUAAAGCAGAAGGCAUCUGCUGUGCUGUUCAGACGGUUGAAGUAAAAGAGGAACCCUCUGCUUUAAACAACAACAAUGAUGAUAAUGAUGAUUAUAUUUCCUACUCUCCCCUUUCUGAGCUCCCUGCUGAAACAGAUGUUAUCUGUAGUAAGAAAAAACUGUUUCAGAGUACUGCAGUAGAAGAAGCGGAUAACGAUGAUGAUAAUGACUCACUGAUGCUGUUUGAUGAGACUGUGAGUGAGGAUGGUCUACUCUCUGAUGUCUUGGAGCAGUUUGAGAGAAGCCAAGAAGAUUCUCUCAGUACGGAGGCUCCGCCUGUGACCACCUGUGAUCAAUUAGAGUCCUUAGACCCAAUUGAAGAUGUUGCUGAUGAAGCAUUUGGGUCUCAUUCCAGUGUUAAACCCUCGCAAUACAAACAGUUGGUAAAAGACAGUGAAGGUAAAGGGAGCAAGACUCAGUUACAGUCUCCUGGAAGUUUAGUGUUGGAGCGCCUUCGUGAUCAUUUAUCUAACCCUGCAGAUUUCAACAGUCUUGACUCUACAUGUGCAGAAAUAGACUCUGUUUCUGAAAUGCCUUCCACCAUGCUCACCACCAAAAACCAGUCUCUCUCCACCAUUACUCCCAGUAAAACCCAGAACAAGGUCUCUGGGUUAAAGCAAACUGAUAUUGGUGUGUUCUUUGGAUUGAAGCCACUGAGUAAGAAGGCUGAAGAGAAGGUUAAUUCAGUGAAGGAAGAGGUGAGCUCUACUCCUAGAAAGAGCUCUGGACCUGCAGGACGGAAUACUAAACGUCAGGGUAGACAGCGCGGGAAGAGUGCUGCAGUCCACGAAGAGUCCACAGCAACGGAGGCAGUCGAGGAAGGAGCUGCUCAGCCCACGCAAACAGAAGGAGGCAGAGGAGUGAGGGCAGGGGGGAGGAAGAGGUGGAACAGAGGAAGAGCGACAGAUGGAGGACCAGUGGAGCCCAGGCGAUGCCCGUUCUACAAGAAAAUCCCUGGAACUGGCUUUGUAGUCGAUGCGUUUCAGUAUGGAACCAUUGAGGGCAUUACAGCAUACUUUCUUACACACUUCCACUCUGAUCACUAUGGAGGACUCACAAAAAGGUCCACACUUCCCAUCUACUGCAAUAAAAUAACUGGUAACCUGGUGAAGAGUAAGCUGAAAGUGGAUGAGCAAUAUGUCCACAUUCUUCCAAUGAACACGGACUGUGUGGUGGAUGGUGUAAAGGUCACCCUUUUGGAUGCUAAUCACUGUCCAGGGGCAGCUAUGUUGCUGUUUCUGCUGCCAGAUGGCCAGACCGUGCUCCACACAGGUGACUUCCGGGCUGAUCCCUCUAUGGAGCGCUACCCAGAGCUGCAGGGCUUCAGGGUUCAGACGUUGUAUCUGGAUACCACGUACUGCAGUCCAGAAUAUGCCUUUCCCACUCAGCAGGAGGUGAUAACUUUUGCUGCUAACACAGCCUUCGAGCUGGUCACACUCAACCCUCGGACGCUGGUGGUGUGUGGCACUUACGCUGUGGGGAAAGAGAAGGUUUUCUUGGCCAUAUCUGAUGUGCUGGCUUCUAAGGUGUACAUGUCUAGGGAUAGGUAUAACACUAUGUGCUGUCUGGAGUCCAAGCAGAUUUGCCAGUGUAUCACCACAGAUCCGAAGGCAGCUCGGGUCCACGUUCUCCCCAUGAUGCAACUCAAUUUCAAGAAUUUAGAGGCACACUUGCAUAAACAUUCACAAUCAUAUGAUCAACUGGUGGCUUUCAAGCCCACAGGCUGGACCUUCACUCACUCAGGGGAUGUGACAAACAUACAACCUGAAGUCAAAAACAACAUCAGUAUUUAUGGCAUUCCGUACAGUGAGCACAGCAGCUUCCUGGAGCUGAAGCGGUUUGUGCAGUGGCUGCAGCCUCUGAAGAUCAUUCCCACAGUGAAUGUAGGCAGCUGGAGCAGCAGGAAGGUCAUGCAGCAGUGCUUCAGCGAGUGGCAGACUGAGGCCAAAGCCCUGAACACAGUUCCUCGGAAAGGCUGCCGGAGCUCCUACACAAGGCAGUAAGGGGCCUCAUCAUAAAAGUCCAGCCUUUGACCAGGUAGUCAAACGCUGGCUUUAGGACCUGAUGCAAGUAUAGCUGGACAUACUUGUGCUCGUGUUAUAAAGGACCUUUCCUCUCAUUUAGAAAGAUGCACAGGAAGACCCAGAACCACGUUUUAUACAGAUUUUAAUACUGUUUUUUUUUAUAAAGAAGAUUUUACAGUGUUGCACAGUUAUUUACUAGUGAAAACCUGCUUUUACACGUCACACCCAAUUAAUAGACAAGUGACUAAAGCAGUUUGGAUAAAAGAUAAUAAAGUAAUAUUGUAUUGUCAGUCUGAGGUGGACUGUUGUCUUAAUAUUGAUCACUCCAUAACACUAAUGACUUUGAACUAUUGUGCGCGUGUGUGUGUGUGUGUGUGAGAGAAAGAAAUAUUCUGAUUGUUACAAAAUAUGUAAUUGAAAUAAAUACAUUUAAGCUAA